AUGAGGUUUUUCGCUGUCCUCGCCUUGGGCGUCGGUCUUGCUUUCGCGGCACCAAUCGAAGUUGAUGGAACGGAGAGCUUUGCCUGCAGCGUCGACGCCAUCGAUACAUGCGUGGCGGAUACGGGUCUCGACGGCCCAGCUUGCUUUGCGCAGGUCUGCGCCAAUAUGGGCGCCGUGGAACUCCGACGUCGCCAAGAUAACUCGGAUACCUGCACGGAGGACGCGUUACUGGAAGGGACUCUGGAUGAUGGGAAUGCGAAAAGGAUAGGAGGAAGGGGCACCAGAUCAAUCACGGUCAUCCCUCGCGGACGUCGCUCGGGCGCUGCAUCGCAGACUCGCUCGGCGGGCGAAAUCGAAAGUCUCCAACAACACCCUCUACGCACCGAUAUCACCUCGCGCUUCACUUGGCCUGAAUCUCUCUCCGUUUCACCACGCUGCAUCGUCUGUCAUGUUUUCCAAGACAACAGACCAGUCACAGUAGCAUUCUUCACCUUCAACAACGCGAUCUCCACCGAUACCUACUGGCAAGGGGUGGCGGAGAGCUCAGGACCUGACUGCACCAAUAUCUGA